AUGAUUCGUUUAGCUUUACUUUUUGCUCUACUUCUUUUUUCCCGUGUCUUCGUUAAUUUUGCCGGUUGUAUUAUUCAACGGAAAAAUAAAGGCGGUUCGAAACAAUUGCGAAUAUCAUAUGAAUUUAGCAAGUCAGUACGUGGCACCUAUAACAACUUCUCACGAAUCGGAUGGUCGCUUGCAGUAUCAUGGGUGAUUGUGGCAAAUCAUCUUGGAUGGGGAGGACCAAUCGCCACCUUCAUGGAUCACCCGUUGUGGCAGCCGCUUGGUCGUCUCUCUUAUUGCGCGUACAUUACUCACUACUACAUCAUUCAGUACGUGUUCAACCUCGAUGAUCGACCGACGCACUACGUCUCCAUAUGGCAAUCAUACGUUUACCGGACAAUCCCUAUUGUUGCACUUUCGUAUCUGACAGCAUUUUUCUGGAGCUGUUUAUUUGAAGUGCCGACUACGAAGCUCGAAAAGAUGCUCUUCGAACCUUUGACUAGCAGAAGGCCAACACAACCGACUAAUGCAAAAUCCACGAAUUCUGCACCGGAAAAUGGGGUGUGCGUUAAGGGAACAAAUGAUCUUAGGUUGUAA